CUUUAAUAAACGCUUGCCGAAUGUCAAGACCAUGGGGUGAGACUAAUAACUACUGCCAAGGGAGGCUUCGCAGGUCUUGAUGGUUGACGCGCGGCACAACCCCAAGCCCUGCCUCUUCCAGCUAUGCAACAACAUGUUGUCGCCCUUCAUACCCCUUUGCAAGGAACCCACCUGCGCGGAGUCUCUGGACUAAGAAUUCUUCGAGUAGUAGUCCAACCAUCAGUGAUGGAACGGAAUGCGCUGCACUGGUCUUUCCGUUGACCUGGUAACCAUGAAUAGACAACAGUGUGCUAACGAGUCAACCACAAGAGAUGUUCUCUCACUCCAUCAUCGAUCGUCACCGUGUUUUCAACGCCCACAAAGAGCCUGGCCCAUGGUGAUGGUUGUGACAACUGCCACAUGCGCAACGUACGCUGUAUUGCUGCAAGUGGGGCAUACAGUAUUUCCACCGUGGCCGAUGCUGAUCGAUGAGACUCGCCAGUGGGACUCGUCUGGUCACCGCUCAGUUUUCAUUCCCAAAUAAAAGGAAAUACCGCCCGUGCUGGUGACGCCACGAGGUUCAUGCUGGAAGACGAACCAUAUGCAUGGGCAACGGAUUCGCGGCCGGGCAGUGAGCAGGUUGCGGAAGACAGAUCCAUCCAGCAAUGGAGCUCAUCACUUCUUACUCCUGCAUCUACUCCCACAAACGAGGGCACGCCAAGCACCAAGAGAAUGCAACAGUGCUUGGCGCUUUACCCCAGGGCUCAUCGCCAGCGAGCAUGCAUCAAGGGGUGCAACUCGGCACCGAGGACGGGUGGAUUAGGUAAAAACAUCCAGUAGUUCAUUGUGCGGCUACACUGCGUAGCUUGGUCGAGGAGUUGAUCAGCUUGUAGCUUGGACGGUCCACAUUUGCAGGCGGAAGUGACUCGGUGGUAGAUGCGCUGCGGUAUAUAGUGUCGCAAGCCAAGGCAAGGCAUUCUCAUGUGGAAGAACGUACAUAAGUCUAGACCAGGUCAUGGGCAGGGUCUCGAGUCCGCGGCGAUUCUGUUGUCUUUGCCGCCUUGGGUCGCGCUCGACGAGCGAGACAUGUACAUCGCGCCUGUCUUGAAUAGUCGAUUGCACAACCCCCCACGCCUGACGUCUUCGUAUGUCCAAACAGGUGGUCUACUCCUGGUGCUGGAAAGUAUCAUCAAGCUGCUCGGCAAAGUGAUGUGGCGACAGCAUCCAGUUUCGUCGAUACCCGUGAGAAAUGCCUGUCUCCGAUGUAGCUGCAUCAUGCAACAUGCGUGAGAUGCAGUUCAUGAUCCGUGCUUUCUUUGAGGACUCCAAUUACCGGUCGUGAGUGACGGCUUUGAGUAUCGGGAUGAGUAGACAUCGAUUACGAAUGCGAUAUCCUUGUCCUGAAAUGCUGGAAGAAUACCUAAUGUAGAGAAUGUUGUAGCAUUUCGCUUUCUUCUCGGCUCCAGCACGGCGCACGCCACGUCACCGCUCUUGCGGGAACGUGCCCGAAGCUUCCACAAACCGCUGGAGAGCAGUGCGGAAAAGUCUACCAGAAGAUGCUCAGGGAUAGUCUCGCUAAACUAAGAUUCAUUAGACUUAUCGAUACGGUGCUGAACGUCCGUAGAAUAACAGGACCGAUGCCGCACUCCGCGUUGAUGCUCGUCGUUAUACUAUCUUGCAGGUCCCAGGAAGGCGUCGUCGUCGUCGUCGUCGUCGUCGUCGUCGAAAGAAUGGCCGAACAAGAGCUCGUGUCGUCACUGUGUGACACGCAGACCCCAGAAGCGAUCAAACUGCGCAGCCAAUUGGAAGGGAGCUGGGAGCUUGUCUCAUAUCAAACAGAUCUCGAUAUCGUUGUGGUCAACUGGUAUGGUGCAGAAGACAAUGCCAAUCCCAGGAAUUGGUCGCGCAGCAAGAAGCUGUGGGUGACCUCUUCGAUAUGCUGGUGCACUUUCGUGGUAUACUGUGCGUCCGCAAUCACGGUUCCCCUCGAUGGCUGGGUGCAAAUAGAAUUCGGCGUUUCGCCUGAGAUGGCAAUGCUCAAUCUAUCCAUGUAUGUAUGUGGAUAUGGUUUCGGUCCCUUGCUGUUCUCACCACUCAGCGAGAUUGGUUACAUUGGGCGGAAUCCACCAUACGUCGUAUCCUUCAUCCUGUUUGGCAUGACGUCCAUCCUGGUGUCGACACUCGGGGACAAGUCUUUCGCCGGGCUGAUCGUUCUGCGAUUCCUCCAAGGAUUCUUCGGAAGUCCCAUUCUCGCAUCAGGAGGAGCCAGUUUGCAAGACAUAUAUGACUGGAAUGCGCUACCAUACGCAUACAUUUUCUACAUUGGUGCCAUCUUUUGUGGACCUGCCUUCGGUCCUCUCUUCGCAGCGUAUGCAAUGCCACUCGAUUGGAGGUGGCCUCUGUGGGAGAUGUCGAUCAUGUUGGCGCCCCUCCUCAUCUGUUGCGCCCUCUUACCAGAAACGUCGAGUGACAAGAUCCUCUACCAACGUGCAAAGCGCCUGCGUCAGCACAGUGGCAGCGACCGAUACCGCUCGCGCAUGGAGCUCCACAAGCUCGAUCUCCAGGCCAUCUUCGUCGACGCCAUCAUCAAGCCGUUUGAGAUUGCCUUCCUCGACCCCGUUAUUAUGUUCUCCUGCCUGUACGUGGCUCUGCUGUACGCCAUCUUCUACAGCUUCUUCUCAUCCACGGGACUAGUCUUCAUCGGCACGUACGGCUUCACGCUGGAGCAGUUCGGACUGGCAUGGCUCUGCAUCGUCGUCGGCUGUGUGACCUUUUCGACAGUCUACGCAAUCUACCUUUACUUGAGCCCACAUGCACGACGCGAGGACGUGCCACACGAGCAGCGCUUACGACCGGCACUACUCAUGGUUCUGUUACUUCCCGCGUCGUUGUUUCUCUUUGCCUGGACUGCGAAAGUGGACACUCACUGGAUCGUACCCACGAUUGCUCUGACUGUCUACGCAGGGUCGUCAUUCAUUAUUUAUCAAUGUCUACUCUGCUACGUACCCCUCAGCUAUCCGAGAUACAUCGCCAGCCUACUCGCAGCCGCCGAUUUCACACGAUCCAUGUUCGCAGUCGGAUUCGUGCACUUUGCCGGGCCACUCUACACCCAUCUGGGCAUCGACCAGGGCAUUUCCAUCCUAGGAGCCAUUUCCAUAUUAGGGGUAAUCGGGAUGUGGUAUCUAUACCUCUAUGGCGAUCAGCUACGAGCCAAAAGCAAGUUUACAGGAAAUCUGGGUCCAGGAUGA